AUGCGUUUCUCAUCUCUCGCCGUCUUGUCUCUGGCCUCUGUCGCCGUCGCCGCCGAUCUCAAGACCUGGGACCAGGUCGUGGGCGACGUACCCUCCUGCAUCAAGACCUGUCUCAACGACUUCUACACCUCCGCCGGUAUCGAAGACAAGUGCGGUAGCCCUGAUACCGCCGACGUUAACUGCAUCUGUGGUAUCGGUGGUUCGGUUUCGGACUACCAGGACGAUGCCUCCGAGAUGAGCACAUGUAUCCAGAAAGGCUGCGAAAGCAGCGAACUCAUGGACGCUUCUACUAAGCUCCGGGGCUUCAUGGAGCGCUUCCAGAGCCUCGAUGGUCAGUGCGAAGGUAGCUCUAGCUCCAGCUCCAGCUCUAGCUCUAGCUCUAGCUCUGGCUCUAAGAAGGGCUCCUCCGACUCCUCCGACUCCUCCGACUCCGACUCCUCUGAGUCCUCUGAGUCCUCCUCUCAGUCUGAGUCCAACGGUGCUGGCUCGCUGGUCCCAGGAUUCAACGCAAUGAUCGCCUCUGGUGCUCUGCUUUUGGUCGGCGCCGCCUUCUAA